GGGGUUGUUAUUUUUCCACAUUCAUCCCAAAAGAAUGGACUUCGACUUGCCUCCUUCUCUCCCCGUGACCGGCAUCCCAUGGGACAGGGUUCUCCCGCCGUUAUUCCCCCGGUUGAACGGGACGAUUGGACCUUACUCGUGGACCCCGACUGAACUAUUAAUCCCGGUUUCCGAACACACCGGAGCAGCACAGGUUACCUGUGAUCAGAACGGGUUUACUGUGGAAGUUGAUGUGAAACACUUCAGUCCCGAGGAGCUGCUGGUUAAAGUGGUUGGAGAUUAUGUUGUGGUUGAGGGAAAACAUGAACAAAAAAAGGAUGGUUCAGGAAUGGUGACACGUCAGUUUAACCGGCGAUACCGGAUCCCAAAUGGAGUGGACAUCAUGGCACUGGAAUCGGCCGUGUCACCGGAAGGAAUGCUAGUAAUCUCAGCACCUCUGACACAAGGAGACAAUUCCAGACUGUUAAAUCACACCGGACCAUGAUGUGCACACACACACACACACAUUUGGAUUCUUUGCUCUCUU